AUGAAUACAAUGGCGACAGGAGAGGGUCAGAUCGAGCUUCCUGGUUUCGGACGGCCGCUCGACGUCUGGGAUCAUCCAGAAGACAACCCAAGGGCGGCAGCUCUCUCGGCAGUGAAGGACUGGGAUCAUCCAGUCCUUACCGUUCGGGAGCGAUGCAUGCUAUUGUUCAUGAACUCGAUCACCGAUAAGCCUGGUUGGGAGAAGAAAGUGUACGAUGAUGAAAUUGUAGCCAAGUGGAGCCAGGAAGCCGAGGCUCUUGACUGGAACAAGGCCGCCAUUGCCCACGGAGACAUGAGCCCGGGGAACUUCAAUCAUUGUAUUGCUGAAUUACGUGCCAAGGCAGCCUUUUCCGAGAAGAGUGGAAUGAUUCCCAUCCUUGACUCAACCUCGUGCGUACUGAAGAGCGACACGGCUAUAUCGGCAGAUAUUAAAGAAGAGCUACGAAAUGCAGUAAGAGACUUGGAAGACGUACCUGAUCACCAGAAGGACUGGCAUCCUGGAUCUGACGGCCAAGUUUUGGAUCUCGUGCACCCGUCCCUGUUCCCGUUGAUCUAUCAACGAUCGCGCAUAUUGCCAGACUCAACCAUCAACUUGGUGACGUGCCUUCAGAGCAUUGGCAAAGGCACGAUUCUACCCGAUCCGCAGCCAAACCUAAAAAAUACGGGAGAUUCGCACCUGUGGUCAUCCCGUUUUCAAUGGCUGCCUUGUGAUGUAUCCUUUCCAGAUGGAAAGAAUGCUCGAAUCGACUCGUAUAUCAACAACCUGCAUCCGGUGGAUCACAAGGGUCUUUAUACAACCAUUGAAAAGCUGAUUACGAAAGCAGUACCCUUCUGGGAUGUUGUAUAUCGAUGCAAUGCAGCUGGCGAUCUUCAAAGCCGACAACGUCUGCAUGUGACCGGCGUUAAGUAUACUCUCCCAGAAGGAGUUGAGGAAUAUCCCACAGAUGAUCAACUUGACGAUGACGAAUUCGACGAAGAUGAGUAUUACGACCAAGUCGCAGCUUUGCGCAUAUACGACAAGCCAGAAGCAGCCGACUUCAAAGAUCUUUAUAUCACCCCAGAGGACGUUACGGAUCCAUUCAAACUCUUUGGCAGGCGCGACAAGAAGCUUCAGGUCAUUGUCAAACUUGCCAAUAUUCACCUCACACCCGAGCAGCCCGAGUACGCGGGUGGAUCGUGGCAUAUCGAAGGGCAGUUGAACGAACACAUUGUGGCCACUGCUCUUUACUACUAUGACAAUGACAACAUCACGGACUCGCAACUAUUUUUCCGCACAAGGGUAGACGGAGAAACCUUCUCCGAACACUUGGGCUACGAGCAGGGCGACUUUGGUGGCAUCGAGAAGAUUUUCGGUAUUGAAAACGAGCAGGACCAGUUUCAGGAUAUUGGCAGCGUGCUUACAAAGGAAGAUCGCUUGAUCGCUUUUCCCAAUGGCUUCCAGCACCGUGUAGGAGAUUUCAAACUCGUGGAUCCCUCCAAACCAGGUCAUCGCAAAAUCGUUGCUUUGUUCCUCGUCGCGCCUACUAUUCCCAUCAUCUCCACUGCAAACGUGCCACCACAGCGCCGCGAUUGGUGGCUCAGAGAAGUCGAAGCACAAGCCAAUAAUCUGGUCAGCAAUUUGCCAACUGAGUUGAUUGAGAUGGUUGCCGAGAGAGUGGACGACUUUCCCAUCGGAUUGGAGGAGGCGAAGGAAUUGCGGCAACAGCUCAUGGUGGAGCGAGGCCGAUUGGAUGAAAUGACGUUGGAGGCCCAGCAGCCAGGGUAUGGCUUCAACUUCUGUUACAAUACCACAAGCAAGCGCCCUCACGUGAAAUCCAUCGACCAUGAUUCGCUUGGUGGACUAAUUCCCAACCCGCACUUCGCAACGCCUUCCCGGGUUUCCGAACUGCGCUGCCCAACUUCUCCUUCCCCUUCUGCUCGCCCGGGCCGUCUACACGAGGGAACACCACGAGUACACAUAACACCGAUUCCACUCUUCGCUCCAUCAAAUCCGCAUACCAUCACCCCCACAGUUCCACGAGGUUUGAACUAUAGCUACGGAUCUGCGGCCCUGCUUCCAACUAUACGACUGCUGUGUGUGCUUGCCUCGGAUUGUGCGGCCCCAAGGCGCAAGUCUUCUACUUUGCAUAUGUGUGAGAAAAAUGCAAAGGGGGAGCGGGUCAGCGGUUGA